CAACCCUGACUGGACGUCAACACGUGCGGCUCGCUUGUAUUUUUCGUAUUCACUUGUAGUUUUGCACAAAUGGGAAAACCUAAACGAAAGCCGCUGCCUGCAGCUAUAAAGGAUGAAACAGACAGUGAUUCCAGCUUUGCCGAAGAGCCGGAUAGCGAUAAUGAAGCCGCCGUCGAUGAGGGACCAGUUACUGACAGCAGCGACAGCGAUGAGGAAGUAAACAGUAAGCAGAAGAAGAAAUUAAAGCCAGCAGGUGACACCGCUGACAAUGAAAUUGAUGAGGAAGAAGCUGAAGCAGACGACGACGACGACAAUGAUGAUGAUGAAGAAGAUGAUGACGAAGAUGACAAAAAGGCGCGUAUACCAGUACUCAAUCCGCUGAGUUUAAUGAAAAAUAAAGAACAACGCACGGCACUCUAUCGCAAAAUGAAGAAGGAAAAGCACAAGAAGAAAAUGCAGGAGCGUCGAGCAAGGCGUAAAGCUGGCGUACCAGCCAAUCCGGGGCACACCAUUGAAAGUCUGCGUGAAAAGGAUCAGACAGAAGUGAGCAAUCUGAACGAUUCGGACAAUGAGGAGUUGCGUAAAGAGCUGGAAAUUGAUGACUUUAGCACAUAUUUUGAGCGUGUAUAUGAACCCAAGGUGCUAAUCACAUUUGCGGACAAUCCCGUCACCAAAACACGCAAGUUUGGCUUAGAGCUGUCGCGCAUCUUUCCAAAUGCAUUGGUCAAGAUAAGAAACAAAGCUUCAGUAAAAAAGAUCUGCAAGAGCGCCGAACGCGAGCAAUUCACAGAUGUGGUCAUCAUCAAUGAGGACAGGCGUCAACCUAAUGCAUUGUUGGUCAUACAUUUGCCCAACGGACCUACGGCGCACUUUAAGCUUUCCAAUGUUAAGCUCACCACGGACAUAAAGCGUGACCACAAAGAGAUAACCAAGCAUCGCCCCGAGGUAAUCUUAACAAAUUUUACUACACGUCUGGGCCUAACAGUUGGUCGCAUGUUGGGCGCGCUGUUCCAUCAUGAUCCCGAGUUUCGAGGCCGUCGUGCUGCAACCUUUCACAAUCAGCGUGAUUAUAUAUUCUUUCGGCAUCAUCGCUACGAAUUCAAUAAGGAGGGCAAACGCGUAAAGCUGCGCGAGCUUGGACCCCGAUUUACGCUCAAGUUACGCUCACUGCAGGAAGGCACGUUCGAUAGCAAGACUGGAGAUUAUAGUUGGGUUAUCAGCAACAAACGGCACGCCAUGGAGUCGAGACGUCGCUUCUUUCUUUAAGUUAAUUGACAUGUUUAUUGCGGU